AAGAAGAUUCGUAAAGAAGUAGAAAAUAGUUUGACCGAAACUGAAGAUAAGAAAGUAUAUUUGGUCGGCCUUCUUGCCUUUGUAAAUGGAAAACCACCGCCACUUGAGGGUUACGCAACUGCGAAUAAAGAACAAGUGAAAGUAAAGCAUGUGUCGCUCAAUCAGUCAGGAACACCGACGGAGAAAACUGAGACAAAGGAACCCAAGGUAAACAUUGAUGUUAGUAAAGUGCUAAAGCGCGAUUUCAAAAUUCAUGGCGUCGUAGCAGGAGAUAAUUUUAAAGAUGGACUUUCGUUUGUACGUUUGUCCCGUCAAAUAGAUGCUGGUCUCAAAGCGAGCUACAAAGAAAAUGAAAUUAUUGACGCGGUGAUUCGAGCAGUAAGCCCCAGUUUACAAUGAUACAGGACCUAACUUUAACCCGUUUGCGUCUUAUAAUGAAAGCUCACUUUAAGCAAAAGUCGGGAACUGAACUGUACGCCAAGAGACAAGUGAGACCCCUUAAGAUUUCGUUGUGCGACCAUGAGUUUGAGGCAGCAGAUUAUAUUUGUGUCCAGUGCAAGUGAUAGUCCUAUUAAGUAUGAGCCUUCAUUGGUACAGUCCUUGUUCCUGCAUGUGUUAGAGACCGGGUUACAGGAUGAAGCUGUGAGGGCAAAACUACGUCCUUUCCUUAAGAAGACUACCGUGAGUGAUGAACAGUUGCUGGAGAAAAUAAAUCAGAUCAUGUCAGCAGAAAUGGAACGUUGCAAUAAAAUGAGUUCAGGUGGUAAGAAGGGCUUGCGUGUUAAUCAAGUGGGGACUUCCUCUGUAUCCAGCAACCCUGCCCCGGGACAGCCAGGUCAAACGCCUCAGAGCGAGAGUGCUAAAUCAGUGAAAAAGGAAGCUAAGCCAAACAGUUUGGUUACAGCACUUGAAGCUAUACAGUCUGACCUUACUUCACUAAAGUAG